UUGUCUACUUCUAAUCUAGCUGCAAUAGAGUCACCGUAUUUUGUAUUUAUUUUUCUCAGCGAUAUUAAAUUAUAUUUACCUAUCUCGAGUUCAUUUAAUUUGUAUGUUACAGGAAAUCGUUUGAGGUCAUUAAAUUCUUCCAUUUAUUUAAGAACAUUUUUUGCAAUAUAAUUUCUGUAAUACAUACACUUGUAUAACGAACAUUUUACUACCUAUAAAUGGAAAGUAUUGAUAAAGAGAGAAAUAAAAAGUUGGUAGAGCAAAUGAAAAAUGAUAUAAAGUUGGUUAAAUUACAAGCAGAAAUUCGAAAAAAUAAUGAAAUGAAAUUAGAAGUAGAUAUAGGAAUACAGAAAUCAUUGGCAGAAUUUCACGAACCUGUACUUCAUCAAAUGGAAAAACUAGAAACUUCUAGACAACAACAUUUGAUGGGUAUAAAAGAUGCCGUCGAUGAUUUAUCUUUAACUAUGAAUGACUUUAAUAAAACUUUACCACAGAUAGAGAAUCAGUCAGAGGAAGAUUAUACUGAAGAUGUAGGAAGUAUGUUUUUAAAAAUAGAUCCAGACAGAGAUGUGGAAGAGAUGUGA